AUGCUCUUCUACUGUCUAUUCUUAUUGACUUUUGUUAAUUUCGACUCCACCGUCGCUCAGAUCGACGUCGAUCAGGCGUUGAAUCAGAACAAACUCAAUUUGGGAGCCGCGUCGACGGUGUCUGGCUUGAGCGACGAUGAGUUGGCAAAGGUACGGUUCGAAGUCGAAUUCAACUUCAAAAUCACAUCACGACCAACUUAACUUCAGACAUUUCCCCGUACAAACGUGCCUCGGAUGCGAAACGCGCUCAACUCUCUCCGCCAAAACUGGUCGGCAAAGUUACAAGCGAUGCCGGCGAGGAGCUAUCUGUCCGGGAGCGAUCAGGGUCAAACGAACGGGAUUCUGGAACUAGUUUGAUAAUAUCAAUGUGUUUAAGAUAACCGACUUUUCAGCAAAAACCAUUGCGAGACAAGCCGAGAGAUCGGAUAAAAGUGGAGGGAGAUACUCUACAUCAAGUGAACAGGGCCGCCGGGCUCAAUGACAUUCUGUACCAAGGCGAUAUGGUGCUCACAGAGUUUGUUGCAUCGAUUUCGAGGCGUUUUUGGCAGAAAAUUUCCGUCUUUUCUUCUCUGAAAAUAAGGGGUUGUAUGGUGGAUUGAUUGAUAGUACAUAGUCAAUCUUCGCUCUUGAUUCUCUUGGUCAAUUCUGAAGAUGAGAUGUUAUACUAACUUGUCGUUAUGAAAUCAUAUCGUCAAACUAAUACCGCGUAAAAUGAGUACAGACGGCCUUUGCUGCGCGCGAUCCCAUUAGGACCCGAUCUACAGGAUCCAUUUGAUCGAUCUUUUUCCGCCUGUUUUAUUAUGAUUCCUACUACUCAUAUCCUUUCUUUCCGCGCGCGAAUAAACAAACGAAUCGACAGAUAAUUCUAUGCUCUACAACUUUCUAUCUGACAACUUUUCAUGAUCAUGUUUCGGUGCCGAGAUAUUUUUGCAUAAUUGAAAGUACCAAGUACGUAGUCUUUGCAUUCAAGCCAAAAUAUCUCAACGCACAGGCAUGCAAACAAAAAGUGAUUAACUGAACAGUUGUAGGCCAUACAUUUAUAUUUGCAUUUGUUUUUUAAUAUUUAAACAAUCUUUAAAAAUGACGGAGAUAAUCGAGAUCUAAUUUUGACUAUUUGAAGCCAAAGUGUAUGAGCUAGUUUUCGAUGUAAAAAACGAUGUAAGCAAUUGUAUAAAUAUAGAUGUUUUCUCUGCAAACGCCUCCUUUCAGUAGCUAUUGUAAAUGUACAUGUUCAGUGAGCAAAUCUCCACAAUCCUGGAAGCUCAGCAACAAGACACCCGGUCCAAGAGACAAGCCUAUCGGUAAGACCCCCUCCCCCCCUUCUUUUCACUCUUCCAACAUCAUCUUCCACUCGCUUUCAGUGAUCGAUAUUAUCCGUCAACCACGUGGGGAACAUCUGUCUAUUACUACUACGACACAACGGCAAGUGAGUGUUUUUCGGCCGCCGUUUUAUGAGACCGUAAUGUGCUGCAUGUUCAGCGGCGAAAAUUGUGAAAGCGUUCGAACAGGCGGUCGCGUUCUGGCAGAAUGUCACUUGUAUCAACAUUUAUCAGAGUAGCACAGGUAUGCGGGGAAACCGAGAAAUUCCCUUUUUCGACCGUCGAUUUUCAGCUGUGAACAGAAUUCGCGUCUUCAAAGGACAAGGGUGCUAUUCGUACGUGGGCCGAAUCAGCGGAGUUCAGGACUUGUCCCUGGGCACCGGCUGCGAAGAGGUUUGCGAUCACGGAAAUGACGAUGCGCCUUUAAAGUACGGUGGCACUUUCAGUUUGGCACGGCCGCUCAUGAACUCGGGCAUGCUCUCGGCUUCUUUCACACUCAAUCCAGAUACGAUCGGGACAACUACAUUUCGAUUAACUACGCAAACAUCGAUGUAAACUAAGGAUGGGCUGGCUCUUGACCUAUUUGAAAUAAUCUGAUUGGGUCCAAACUUUGCAGGCUUCUAAGACUUGGAUUGGAGUAUUUUGGGACCAAGUUUCAGACCGAUCGGAUUUUCUUGGAUCCACAUAUAUCUAGAAGGAAUCAGUCCCAAACUACUUCGAUCCAAGUCCGAUUCUCACAAAACCUGUGCCGGCCCAGUCCUGAUCUAAAUCACGCAUUUUCAAUUAACUUCAAAACAGAGUAUUUGUUUAGCGGUCUUACGUGGAACAAUUCGAUAAGGAAAGCCAAUCGACGAACUACAACUACGGAAUGCCGUACGAUUACGGAUCGAUCAUGCAGUACGGCGCGACGAGUGCCUCUUCGAACGACAAACCGACGAUGGUGGCGAGAGACACCGAGUACCAGGAUACUAUGGGAUCGGACUUUGUCGGCUUUUACGAUAUCUCGAUGAUGAACGAGCAUUACAAGUGUAAGGGUACGUUACGAUAUUCAAGUUCUUCGGCUAGAUCUCAAAUGAACAUGUCAGAACUGUGUCCGUCGGCGACAUCGGCUCAGUGCACAAACGGAGGAUUUGCGAGCCCGCGAAACUGUGCCGUCUGCAUUUGUCCGUCGGGUUACGGUGGCACUUUGUGUGACCAACGGGUACGGAGAGAGCAAACUUGUGCACGACGAAUACAAUCCGAACAUUUGCAGCCGCCCGGAUGUGGACAGACUUUGAACGCGACCGACACGUGGCAGACAAUCAGCAACACGAUCGGUGACGGUCUUCCGACGCUUCGCGACAAUCACACAAUGUGCAAUUAUUGGGUGCAAGCGCCCGAGGGUCAGGCCAUCGAAAUUCGCAUUAAUGGAUUGACGGCCGUCACGAUUGAUGGCUGCAUUUUUGGCGGAAUCGAAGUGAAGACGAACAAGGAUCAGAAGUUGACUGGAUACAGGUGAGCGCUUUUGAGUCGCUACGCAGCCAAUUGGGGGCGACAACCUGCACAUCUAACGCGUCGAAAGUGUCCAAAUUCGAGCAUUUGUAGUCCGUAGUGUACUUUCGAACGUGGCUGGCUUUAACUGUUUCAAAAAAGUCAUAAUUGCCUAACAUUUCGCGCAAAAAAACAUUGAAUCGCUUCCAGAUAUUGUUCAUCCGCCGACGCGAACACCGUCCACCGCUCAACAGGAUCGCUCGUCCCAAUUGUGAUGUUCAAUCGGUACGCGAGCACGAAAGCCGUCCUCGAUUAUCGGACGGUGGGUCCGUCGGCCGACGCGCCCGCCACGUCACCCUCCUCCUCAACGUACGCGCCGAUCGUGAGCAGCUGUCAGGAUCUGCAUCCCAAGUCAGUUCGUCGCCCGCUGUCCCUUCGUUCAUUUCCAUUUUCAGCUGCGAUUUCUAUCUGUUUUUCGGGCUCUGUCGGAAUAGAAACAUUAGAAAGAACUGUCGAUUCACGUGUCGAGACUGUAGAGAUAAUAGUCAUAACUUUUUCGGUUCCAACUUUCAUAACAUGUUCAACUUCUACUCAUCCGCCAGUCACCGUUCCCGGUCCUCCGUCUCGUCAACUAACUGAUUCCCCGUUGCAGUUGUGCCGCCUACGCAUGGAAUGGCUUCUGUGUUAACCCGUUCUACUCGCUCCAGGCCCGUCAUUACUACUGCGCCUUCACGUGCGGUCUGUGUUGGAUGAAUAACAACUUCUAA